CCCCUAUCCCCCCCCGCCCCAACGGCGUUCAACCGCCGCUCGCAGCCGUUAGCGCCGCCUCACGCCGCUCCUCCGCCAGGGGAGGAGGAGGAGGAGGAGGGGGAAGGCUCGGCUCGGCUCGGCUCGGCUCGGCUCGGCUGCCGGGCGGCCCGCCGCCGCCAUGCAGAUCACGCUGAAGACGCUGCAGCAGCAGACCUUCCGCAUCGACAUCGACCCCGAGGAGACGGUGAAGGCGCUGAAAGAGAAGAUUGAAUCAGAAAGGGGGAAAGAUGCUUUUCCAGUAGCUGGACAAAAACUAAUUUAUGCAGGUAAAAUUCUUAAUGAUGAUACUGCUCUUAAAGAAUACAAAAUAGAUGAGAAGAACUUUGUGGUGGUUAUGGUGACAAAACCCAAAGCAGCAGCUGCAGCAACUCAGCAGUCAAAUUCUACUGCCACUGUCAGCUUGACAAGUGCAGCUCCCACACCAGCCUCUGCACCAACCCCUGCAGCUGCUCCUGUGCCAGCUCCUGUCCCUACCACUCCAGCACCAGCUGCAGUUGCUUGUGAAUCUGCACCUGUGAGUACUCCUAAAGAUGAGAAGCCAGCAGAAAAACCACCUGAGGCACCAGCUGCUGUCAGACCAUCAUCAAAUGACAGGUAUGAACGAGCUUUCAGUUUGGCUUCUCUGUCCAUUUCUGUUGCUUCUAGUUUUGGCUUUAAGUUGAAUUUUCCAUUGCAGUGUUAGUCCAGUCAUUUUUUCUGU